AUGGACGCGCCGGGCGUGACGGCGCUGGUGCUCGGCACGCUCACGAAAGUGCUGCUAUGGCCGGCGUACCACUCGACCGACAUGGAAGUCCACCGCAACUGGUUUGCGGUGACGUACAGCCUGCCGCUGCGGGAGUGGUACGUCGACGCGACGUCCGAGUGGACGCUUGAUUAUCCGCCGUUCUUUGCCUACCUCUCGUGGCUCCUGGCGCAGCCCGCGGCGUGGGUCGACAAGCAGAUUGUCGACCUGCACGCGCUGGGCUAUGCGGCAUGGCCGUGCAAAGCGUACAUGCGCGCGACCGUGCUCGUGACCGAGCUCGUGCUUGCCGCGGCGCUCUACGCGCACGCGCGGUGCACGCCGGAGCACAGCGCGAACCGCGUGCUGCUGCUGAGCGUGCUGCUACACCCCGGCCUGCUGAUGGUCGACCACAUCCACUUUCAGUACAAUGGCGUGCUCUUUGGCGUGAUGCUCUGGUCGCUGUGGGCCGCACGCGUCGACCGAAUGCUGCUGUGUGCCGCGCUCUUUUCGUCGUUGCUCAACCUGAAGCACAUUUAUCUGUACGUGGCACCGGCGUGGACCGUGUACCUUUUCCGCGCGUACCUCUUCCCGACGCUGCCGACGUCGGGCAAGGCGUGGGCCGCGGCCUUCGCACGGACCGCACAGCUCGGCGCCGCGACGAUCGCACCGUUUGUGCUGAGCAUUGCGCCGUUUGCACUCGACGCAGUGCACGGCGAGGGCACCGCGAGCGUGAUGAGCGCCAUGUAUGCGCGCCUCUUUCCGUUCCACCGCGGCCUGAUCCAUGCGUACUGGGCGCCGAACGUCUGGGCGCUCUACACGGCGCUCGAUCGCGUCCUGCUCUUUGCGACCGGCAAGUCGGGCGUCGUGUCGGCGUCGCGUGGCAUCGUCGGGGAUACCGCGUUUGGCGUGCUGCCCGACGUGCGGCCGCCGACGUGCUUCCUGCUCGCUCUUGCUUGCAUGGUGCUGUACGCGGUGCGCCUGUGGCAGCGGCCGACGUACCGCGCGCUCGUGCUGUGCGUCGCGCUUUGUGGCCUCACGUCGUUUGCCGUCGGAUGGCACGUCCACGAAAAGGCGAUCCUCCUCGCCGUGGUACCGCUCAGCCUCGUCGCCGCGCACGGCUACGCCUACCUGCGCAUCUGGGAGCUGCUGUCGGCCGUGUCGAUCGUGUCGCUCUUUCCGCUGCUCUUUACGCCGCUCGAGACGCCGGUCAAGCUCGUGUACAGCGCGAUCUGGUUCGCGGUCGUGCGCCACGCAUUGCACCGCCGCGUCCUGCGCCCGAUGCCGACGAACCUCGGCGAGAUUGUGCACUUUUUCGAGACGCAGUACAUGUACGGCCUCGCGCUCUUGGCCCUCGUCACGAAUGUCGUGUGGCCGCUCGCGGUUGCGGCGGCACCGACCCUUGCGUCGCCACGCAUCGAGUUCCUUCCUUUGAUGGCGACCAGUGUCUACUGCGCGCUCGGCGUGAUGUGGGUCUGGCUGCGCCUCUCGAUCAGCUACUGGCAGGACCCGUUCAUGGACAAGGUAAAGGACGCAUAG